AUGGAUUCUAGCUUCGAAAUACUCCCGUACCGUGGUGACGAUCAAAUACCGAGAGUUGAUAGUGGCGGGUUGCGAAGACGAGCAUCACAGACAAUAAAUACUAAUCAUGAUGACACUUGUGUUGAUAUAGAUGCCUACAAUAGUGGUAUAGAUGUGUCAAGUAAGAAUGAGUAUCUUGGAAUCAAUACCGCAGACGAUGAUAAUGAAUAUGGUAACGGUGGAAUGCAAAAUUAUGAAGGACCUGUGAAUGAGCAAGCUAUCCAUUGUCAAACCAACGAUAUAUCAGAAAAUGAAAAUAAUCUACAGUUGCUUGGACAGCCAUUGCCACUUCGUUCAACUAUGAUGACCACGUUUGUGGGACUUUUCGUUGCCGUUGGUGGGUUUUUAUAUGGUUAUGAUACAGGUCUGAUAAAUAGUAUAACUGAUAUGAAAUACGUUAAAGAACACAUUGCACCAAAUCACUCAUUCUUUACUACAACACAGAUAUCGAUGCUGGUGUCAUUUUUAUCAUUGGGCACAUUUGUAGGCGCCCUCAUUGCUCCAUGGAUUUCAGAUAUUUAUGGAAGAAAGUCAACAAUUAUAUUCAGUACUAUGAUCAUCUUUUCGAUAGGUAACUCUCUGCAAGUAGCAGCUGGCGGGCUGGCAUUGUUAAUUGUUGGGAGGGUAAUAUCUGGUAUUGGAAUAGGUAUAAUAUCUGCUGUAGUUCCCCUUUAUCAGGCUGAAGCUGCACAGAAGCACAUGAGAGGAGCCAUUAUUACUACCUACCAGUUGGCUAUUACUUUAGGAUUACUCGUUUCAAGCGCAGUGUCACAAGGCACAGAGUCUAUCAAUGCUCCGAGUUCAUACAGAGUUCCCAUAGGAUUACAGUAUGUCUGGUCUGUUGUUUUAGGUGUUGGAAUGGUUUUUUUACCAGAAAGUCCUCGGUAUUAUAUAAUGAAGGAUGAGAUAGAAGAAGCAGCGAGAAGUUUAUCGUUCUUGAGAGGUAUCUCUUUAGAAGAUCCAAGGCUCUUAGAGGAACUAGUCGAAAUUAAAGCUAACUACGAUUAUGAAUCCUCAUUUGGUCCUGUAUCAAUAUGGGAUUGUUUCAGAUCCAGUGAGCAACGUCCAAAGCAGGUGCUGAGAAUGUUUACUGGGAUAUCUAUACAAGCUUUCCAACAAUUUUCUGGUAUUAAUUUCAUCUUUUACUAUGGUGUUUAUUUCUUCAACAAGACAGGUAUUAAAAGUAGUUACCUGGUGUCGUUUGUCACUUAUGCUGUGAAUGUUGCAUUCAACAUACCAGGGAUGUUUUUAAUUGACUAUUUAGGGAGAAGAAAAGUAUUAAUCUUCGGUGGCAUUGCAAUGACUGCUUGCAACUUUAUUAUUGCCAUUGUGGGUGUUUCUGCCAAAUCCAUUGUUUCAAAUAAUGUAAUGAUUGCAUUUAUUUGUGUUUUCAUAGCAGCCUUCUCGAGUACAUGGGGUGGUGUUGUAUGGGUAAUCUCUGCAGAGCUAUUUCCCUUGGGUGUGAGAUCAAAGUGCACUGCUAUAUGUGCGGCAGCCAAUUGGCUAGUUAACUUUGUCUGUGCAUUGAUGACUCCUUAUAUUGUCGAUACAGGAUCAAACUACACAUCUUCGAUGGGUACCAAGAUAUACUUCAUUUGGGGAAGUCUGAAUGCCCUUGGAACUAUAGUUGCAUAUCUGACAGUGUAUGAGACGAGAGGGUUGACGCUUGAAGAAAUCAAUGAGUUGUACGUUAACUCACCCACACCAUUUGCGUCGAACGAAUGGAAUAGAAAGAUUCGCACAGAAUCCACGAUCCCACCUAUGGUACAUGACCAUGAACUAGAUAACCACAUUGUGCCAACAAUGGACAACAUUCUCCAUAGCAGAAAUCCAAACCAGCCAUACUCUUCAGAUGAGAACCAAGAUGUUAUAGUAGGGGAAGACAAGCUGGACUUGGAGCAAGGCUACAAUAAGGAGAUUCACAACCACAGGGAUGAUAACAACGUAUCGCCAAUACCAUUCCUCCAGGAACAAAAUGGGAAAGAAUUCAGCAAUGGUGCUGAUUUCAGCCCAUCGACACACUCAACUUUUGCCUUGACCGAGCACAUACCAGCGAACUACGUGGAAUUGGGGAACGGAUUUGGAUUAAACACAUACAGGGGCGGGCCCCCAUCCAUCUCCGAUUCUAGUGAUGACGAUCAUUGCACACACUGGCAAAGCCCAGAGAAUGGAUCACCUAUAUACCAUGAAAUUCUGUCCUCUAACGACACGAAUAGUGGCACUUACAACAAGAACUCUGAAAAUUUAUAG